AUGUCCAACAAUACUUCUGUGCCACCGGGCGUUCUAGCCAGGCAACAUCUGGACUAUAUCAUUCAAGAACAGGCGCGCCGUGACAGAAGACUAAACAUGGCUGAUCUUCGUGCAUUCUUUUACAAACGGUGUGUUGAAAUACGACGCCCUGCUGAAGAGGAGCAUGAAGAAGAUGUCACAAGCUCGUCCGCCCAGCAUCACCAGCAAGUGGAUGUUCUCGAAGAUGCGGCAUUUCCUGAGUUCAGCCUUUUUGGACAUAUCUAUACUGAUAUUCCCGACACCGACUCGGAUUCUUCCACAGAAAUCUUUCCUUUUGAUGAAGUCUCCCAUGAAGACUCUCCGGUUAAACCUACUGUUGAUGCUCCUGCAAAUGAAGCUUCCACUGCGCACACUGUUAGUGGGAGUGCUCCAACUGGUGGAAUUGCAUUCACAAAGACAUCGAUCAUCGAUAAUUCAACUACUUCUGAGCCUGCUUCUGAAGCAAACGAGUGGCUGGUGUUUGAUUCUAAGGAACCGGUAGAUCUCUAUGACACUGCUUACGAGUCUGAUCAGUUGGAAAAGAUGGCCAUGGAAAUCGACACUAGUGCACAUCAGGACGCAGUAUCUACUAGCAAGGAGCACACAACAACCCCUCUCUACCCUAACCUCCCACCUACAAGACCAAUCUUUCCCCACGGAGAGCCAGAUCUCAGCGCCCCUGAACCCUUUCCCGCCUACUGCGAGUCUUACAAAGGCGAGGGCGAAGCUUCUCAUUUCAACGAAGACGUCGAACAAGCCUACGCUUACGCACUCUCCAAAGUUGCAGACGAAAGAAUCCGCUCGGAAGACAUGUCGUUCAGACACCCGAGCAUGACUCCCUUCGCGGGUCACGGUCCUCAUCCCAGCACCUCUCCCAGUGUCAAUCCCGAAUUCAACCUUCAUCAGGGUGCUUCUGGUUGGCCUAUCACUCCUGUCCGUCCUCGCACUACCUCGCGCUUCUUUCCUAGUGGCAACACUCCUACUCGUGCCCCAUACGCGACCCAGAACCCGCUGAGCAAGCCCAUCGUCGUGACUCAUUCCAUGCGCUCGAGCGAGAUCCUCGGCCAUGCAUCUUCUUCUACUUCCGCGCAUCCUAUGCUUGCGGCACAGCCAAGCGAUCUUGCCUCGAAGUACAAGAGAAUGGCCCAAGAAGCCGUCCGUCGUGGCCGUGUGUCUACCGCCGACAAGAAGCACAUGGCCUUCAACGCGAUGACCGAGAUGCUCCUCGAUUCCGAAAUCAACGACGAGCUGAGAAGCAAGUUCAGCGCGCUGUCCAACGACGUGCUUCGCUUGGAACUCGAUAUCUUUCAGACCCCCGAAAACUCGACCGGCUCGUUCGUUGGUCCGCAGGUCAUCGAGCAGAUUACUCCGAUCGCUCACGCUUUUAUUGAAUAUCUCGGAUUCCUGGAUCAGACCCUCCAAAGGGAGGAACGCGAUGCCCAGGCCGUCAAAGCUGCCGUCGUCCAAGCUUCCUCUGAUCAGAAGGCCUCUCCUGAAAUGAAAUUCCGCGGUAUGAUUCGGCCCAUCUUGAGGUACGCUACACAACACCCAAUCUCAUCCAUCCUACCUCUCAUUCCCGGCUCAAAGUCCCAGCUAAUCAAAUGUUCUAGAAACCUGAAGCGUCCUCGCCCCGCUGAACACCGUCUCCUGCAGAUCUUCAUCGACCUUUACGAUGCCUACGUGUACAGCGACUUUUUGAAUAUCUAUAACUACCAGAUCAUCCACGACACCGUCCUGUACGCCGAGCGCAUGGCCGUCUCCCGCCUUCUCAUUUCAAUCUGGACCAUCCUACAGCGGACGGUCGACAACUACAAGGCCAUCAUGGUGGUCAAUGAUGAACUAAAGGCCCAGUUCAUCAGUCCUGCUAUGGGCACAGUUGCCAAUUAUCAGGCAAUCUGGGACGAUGAGAACGUUGCCUACCAGCAGGAGGUGGACGGGGGGGUUCGUCUCGGGGCGUAGAGGGG